AUUUAACGAGUUCUCCCUCCAUAGUCUAUUCGCACCUUCAUUCCCGCAUGCGAUCCUCCCCGUAUCUAGUUACCGGCGCUGACUCUCCCGCGAAGCCCUAGCUUUAUCCCGCACUAUCUCUCUGACGCGAAGCUCAAUCGCGAGACUUCUCUGUGCGGCUUGCCCUGGAAUACAAAAUUUUGUCCUCUCGAUUGUGUUUUGGGACUGACGGGUGACAGUUCUUUACUUUUGGAAACCCAUUGCGGCUUAUGAAUUCAGUCCAGAAGACCAUUAGUGGAUAUCAAUUAUUUAUUUGUUUUUUUGGUUUCUUAGCAUAAACAGGCAUUCUGGUAUCUAAUUCUGUUAAUUUUUUCCAAAUGGUCUCUCUUUCUAGGAAACCAGAUUCUGUAUAUGUUGUUUUUGGGCAAGAUCUUUGAUGCUUCCUUUCCAGAAAUCAAAGAAGUGGAGAAUAUGAGUGUUUGGAAAAUUCCAGUUUACACAACACCCUGCACUCAAUGAUGAAAACCUUUCUUUUCUCUUUUCAUAAUGCAUCUACAAAAAAAAGGUGGCUCUCUAGUGUCUAUGUUGUGUGUGUGUGUGUGUGUGUGUGUGUUUGGUAUAGCAAGAAUGAUGAGGAAGGGAGGGGGGUGUUUAGCUAGGUACAGAGGCAGAGGUUAUGAGGAGCAGAGAAGAAAAUGGAGGACAUAGAAAGAAGGGGUUUGUGAUAUAGAUGAUGCUAAUGGUGGAUGAGAGAGAAGAGAGACAGCAAAGAAGGAAGUAGCUAAUAGAUGUUCAAGGAGGAGGAAGUGGAGCAGCAGUACAGGAUUUGAGGAAUAAGCUUGGAAGAUGGACAUAAUCUCGCAGUUACAGGAACAAGUGAACACUAUUGCUGCUCUUGCUUUCAAUACAUUUGGGACUCUUCAAAGAGACGCUCCCCCUGUCCGGCUUUCUCCAAAUUAUCCAGAACCGCCUACCAAUCCUACAGAUGAUGCGUCGAAUUUUGCUGAGCAACCCAAGCAAAUGAGUGCAGCUCUAGUAAAGGCAGCUAAGCAGUUCGAUGCAUUAGUCACAGCACUGCCAUUGUCUGAGGGAGGUGAAGAAGCUCAACUGAGGAGGAUUGCUGAGCUUCAGGCUGAAAAUGAUGCUGUUGGGCAAGAACUUCAGAGGCAACUAGAAGCUGCUGAGAAGGAACUGAAACAGGUGCAGGAGUUGUUCAGCCAAGCAGCAGAUAAUUGUUUGAACUUGAAGAAACCAGAUUGAGAAUCCACUUGUUGAAAGAGUUGUAUCCAUCUUUCCAUUUUCCCAUAUUUUAACAAUAUUUUGUUUUCUUUGGCCACAAUGGUAGCCGUGCAAAUAUAAUGAAGAUCUGUAGAUUUAUCGAUUUCGAAAUCUGUAUACACUAGGCUUACUGCUGGAAUUUAACACACAGUUCUAAUAUCUUUAUACGAGUGACAAGGCUGGGAUAUUCUUCUUUUGUGACAUUACAUGGAAACCCGACUUGUAACAUGAGAAUCUGGUCCUUCUCUA